AUUUCAGUGUGAAAUCUGUAUGUUCACAAUCUCGAACUGGGAUCAGCCGGUGAAGAUGUCGUGCAAACAUACUUUCUGCAAGAGCUGUUGGAAAAGUUAUUUGACCACCAAAAUCCAAGAUGGAGACGCGCAUCACAUUUUGUGUCCAGCUUUUCAGUGCGAUAUUCUGGUACCUGUGGAGCUCAUUGAGAGGAUAGUUACUCCAGAAAUGGCCAGAAGGUACUUGCAGUUUGACAUAAAGGCCUUCGUGGAAAGCAACAAAAGCAUAAAAUGGUGCCCUGUACCGGACUGCGGAAGAGCGGUUAGACUUCCAGAAGCUGAAAGAACAAGUGUAGAUGGACAAGCUAGUGGAAACACAACUAAGAAGUCGCUACCAAUAACGUCGCACGCUGUUGAUUGCGGAAACGCACAUUUUUUCUGUUGGGAAUGUCUCGGGCAGGCACACGCUCCCUGCGGCUGUAAGCAAUGGCAGGAAUGGCACAAUCACAUCAGCGAAGUGAAACCUGAAGAACUAAAAGCAUCUUGUAGUGGUACAGAAGACGCAGCAAACUGCUUAUGGCUCGUGACCAAUUCUAAACCUUGCCCUUGUUGCAAGAGUCCUAUACAGAAAAACGAAGGCUGUAACCAUAUGAAGUGUUCAAAGUGCAAAUACGAUUUUUGUUGGGUCUGCCAAGAAUCUUGGAAACGACACAGUUCCGCUACCGGUGGUUACUUCCGCUGCAACCGGUUUGAAGCUGUCAGCAAAGCCGAUGAAAAGCAAGGAACUUUAAUCAUUGAAGCUCUAGAUAGAAAUAAUCAAAUGCAAGAAAUGUCGCGGUUUCUUCAUUUUUAUACCAGAUUUAAAAAUCACGAGAACAGUCAAAAGCUCGAAGAGAUCCUGUUGACCAGCGUGAAGCAAAAAAUGGAAGUGUUGGCUAGUAGUUUAGGACCAGCUAAAGGCGAUGAAAUUAUAGACAAAAGCACAAAUUUUAUAGAAGACGGAGUUAGAGAACUUCUCAAAGCAAGAAGAGUGCUAUGUGGUUCGUAUGUUUAUGGGUUCUAUCUUGAAGAUGAUGGCAUUAACAAGACAAUCUUUGAGUUCAUGCAGAAUGAGCUCGAAGAAGUGACUGAAAACUUGAGUGAAAUGAUUGCCAGACCUUACCUACGCACACCAAAGGCUGUGAUAAUUCAAACGUCUGCUCUUGUUCGAAGAAAACGACACGAAUUUGUAAGAGCAGUCGAACAGGGUCUCAUACCCCCUGAAACUCCACCCAUGCAAAGAAAGAGGAGGAAAAAAUAUAUCGAUUCUGAUUUAUCUCAAACCUGCACUUGGUUAAAAGACUGCGAAUGGCCUGAAUAUGAUACAGACGAAGAGACUGACAUGGGUGUUACCCACAAAUCUUUUUGUACAUGUAGAAGAAAUAAACCAGAAGAAAUUAACAGUAUUUGCAAUACUAAUUGUAAUACUCUAGAAAUGUCGCGCCUUCAAAUGAUAGAAGACAGAAUGAAGCAAGCUCAAGCCAAUCAACAGACCAUAACGCCCGAUCCUAGUUCUAACAAUAGCACGGAAAGCUCUUCUGACGAUCAGUUGAAACUGGCCAUACAACUGAGCCUUCAAGAAUCUACUGCUGCUAUCAGCAAACAACUACAAGAAAAAGAAAGGGCUAAUUUAGAGAAAAGCAUAGCUGAAAAAAGUCCUUUAGAAAAGAUAGCGAUGGAAAAGACAAACGCUGAGAUAACAGUGGAUUAUUUUUUGAAAUCAUUAACGAGUGAGAAUUUAGAUAUAAGGUGUCUGGAUAAAAUGAGUGAAGAAGGAAUGGAAAUGGAAAUAUCGCUGCCUUGUAAAGGGAAUGAAGAUGGCACUUUUCAGAUAUCUGAUAUCCACGAAAAUGGUUUUGCUUUUGAAGACGGCGAAGAGUACGACAGCGACGUCCGUUUAAAGCGCUCCCACUCCACCGGCGAUUUAUGCGUGCGCAGAAGCGGGCGCGGCAACCGAAUCCGCCCGAACGCCGACGAACCUCGUUACCAUCUGGAUUCGGAUCACAGUAGCCAGCACGAGGACAAGCCCGAGGACGCGGUAAGAAGACUGAUGGCCUUGCCUGCUGCGACAGCGAAAACCAGGCAGUUUUUGCUUUUGCACACCACUUAUCCUGAAGAGGAUAUCUAUCAGGAGCAGAGCUCGGUGGAAGAUACCACGACUUCCGAUUCCAUUAUUGCCGAUCAAGAAAUUUGCGGCAUUUUGAGUUCUGUCACCGAUGAAGAUAUAGGCAGUAAGACUUACGUCGAUGAAACUAAAAAGACUGAAGAAAUAGCCAAAAUAACCGAAUGCAAGAAACAAACGCAUAACCCCUUUUCGUCGUUGAAAGCGAAGUUGUGUUCAGCCCAUUUGCCCAAAACAAAUUACUUAUCUAAAAUAGCCGUUAAUAAAAACAUUGGACUACUCGGAGAAAACAAAUUGUGUAAAAAUUCCGAUCAAAAAUUGUACGAAAAUACGAAAAAUAGAACGAAAGAGAACGGUGAUAAAAAGUUCGUUAUAAUUAGUGAGUGUAAAAGUGAAAAACAGAGUCCAAAGAAGCACCAUAAGAGUUGCAGAAAAAGUAUAUUUUCAAAGUCGACGGGAUUUUUGGUUGAAGAACAGAAAAAAGCAAGUAGGGGUUUAUCAUCAAACCUACGUAUCCAAAUUUGCAAGAACCCCCUGAAACGCACAGAUCAAUUCUUAGAAACGGAUAGUUCUAACGAAUACGAAAGCGAGACAGGCAUUCCGAAGUCCCCAACUCUUUUUAUAUCCGGUGUUUCAAUAUCCCGAACUCCAGAACCAAAAUCCCCAGGAAUGAGCCUCAUCCAGAACGGCAGACCAUCGCGCUCCUCCAGUUUCAGUAUCCCUCUGCCGCUGACCUCCUGUUCGCUUAGUAUAUCCAGUACGAGUCUGAAUAAUUGUUCUUCCUUGCCUCCGGAGUUGUGUACGACCACUGCUACUAAAACCAACAGCACGCCUGUGUCUUCCAGGUCGAAUCUUCAAACGCCCAGCGCGAGUCCUUCGAGAUCGAAUGUGGAAAAUGGAAAAGCCAGAAGUGCCAACGAGCCCGAGAGGGAAAGAGAAAUGUUCAGAUUCCCUAGGUCGUCCACAGAUGGAGCUCUCAGCUCCGUCCUCCACGUUCAAGAGUCCAAUCUGAGUUCGGAUGACUUCCACGAAGCGCUGUUCCUUCUGGAAAGGUCGCCGAAAACCAGGGACUCCAAACGAAGGAAAAAAUCGAAGAAGCGGGAGAAGGAGGACAAAAAAGAGGAUCAAAGUUCUGUUUUGUAA